CGGCAAUCACUUAGUUAUCACCUCCGCAUCGUUGUCUAUCGCUCCCGAGGUCUUCUUUUGCCUCUUCUUCUGAUGCGGGCAUCUGUAUUUUUUGUAGCAAUGGUCCCCUCUUUUCCGUGAUACUGCGCCAUCAUCUCUCAGGUGUCGCGAUGGAAGAACAUUCAGCUGACGCUGUGGUCAACCGGGAUGAACCCAUCCCGGUGCUUGGAGAACCCAAUGACGGCAGUGCAUCGCGACGCAAGAGAGACAGUUGGAUUGGGAGGCUCUCUUUCGACCGCCAGAAAGAGCAUCAGGAGACGCUGGGAUCCCAUGGGCCAACGUCUAUUCAGGACCGUCUCCUCUCCAUGAUCCUGCAGCAAGUCAUUCCAGCAGACACCGAAGAUGACAGUGUUACCGCAGAGGAUGCGAACCCACACGGGAAGGCCAGACGGCCGGAUUUCAGUCUGCCUCUAAUGGCGAACAACUUUCGCCGUUUCAAUGCGAGAAUCGGCAUAGUCUUCGUCUUCCAGAACAGGCUCGAACGUCUAGUUAGUUGGCGCAAACCGACACAUACGCUCUCUUUUCUCUGUCUCUAUUCAUUUGUGUGUUUAGACCCCUAUCUAUUAGCCAUCCUACCCAUAGCCGUUGCACUGCUCUUCAUCAUGGUGCCGGCCUUCUUGGCUCGUCAUCCGCCUCCUCCCUCCAAUUCGACAUCAAGUACGACGCCCUACUAUUCAUACGAAGGGCCCGCUCUUGCUCCAGCAAAGACUAUCAAGCCAGCAAGCGAGACAUCAAAGGACUUCCUCCGCAACAUGCGCGAUCUGCAGAAUUGCAUGGCCGACUUUGCCAAUGGACAUGAUAACGUGGUCUCCUUAGUGGCUCCGGCCACCAACUUCUCGGACGAGAAAUUCUCUUCCACUCUGUUUUUGGUGCUUUAUGUCGUAAUGGCCGUGUUAUUCUUGACGGCGCAUCAUCUACCGUGGCGCUUCAUCUUGCUUAUCGGUGGCAAUGCUGGCAUCAUCGCCAACCACCCUGGCGUGCAGGAAUUUAUCAGGCAAUGUAUGGCAAGUAUAAAGGAAGGUCAGUCCGACGAGGGUCACGACUACAAGCGAUCAGAGAAGUCCGUCAUCUCUAGAGUGCCUUCGUCCCCGUCGGCACUAAUAUCCUCCCUAAACAACAUGGUCGAUAUCUCAUUGGAUUCCUCCCCAGAAGAGCGUGAAGUCGAGAUCUUUGAGCUUCAGUAUCGACCAUUCUCCUUGUAUUCUGCCUCCCCGGAAUGGGAGCAUGUUCUUUUCAGCCCGACACCGUAUGAUCCACUGUCCCCGUCCCGCAUUGCUGGUGACCGUCCCCGGGGGUGUCGUUUCUUUGAGGACGUUCGACCACCGACAGGCUGGGCCUGGAAGAAUAAAAAGUGGGAGUUAGAUCUGGAUUGCCGUGAAUGGGUGGUCGAACGCAUGGUCACUGGCGUUGGAUUCGAAGCGCCCGAUGAGAACUUUGGUAGCGGCGGUAAUGGAGAAGAAGUGGGUGGCUGGGUCUGGGACCUGGCUCCUGUAUCUGACGUGCCGGACACGGAAACUGAUCUCAACUCAACUAUUUACGGUGCCUGCCAAGAGCCGGAUACUACAUCCAAGUCUGGUCGGAAAGUGAAGCAGGAAUCCAAAGACAAGGGAAAAGCUGCUAGCCGCGACUGGGAAGAAGUCGUUUCUCAUGGUGUCGGAGAAUGGAGGCGCAGAAGAUGGGUGCGAAUCGUCCAGAGAGUUGGUAUUCCACCUGUCGAAAAAGACCGGGACACUGAGACGGAUAGAGAUUAAUUUCUCCGUAGUGCCUCGGCCAUCUUCCCUACAGUAUGGUGCGCAGACUGCAUAAAGACGGCUUCUACCUCUAUGAAUUACGAUCCAUAACAUCGAACCACUCUCUGAAUAACCUUCCAAGAGCCAUCUCUUGCAUCUAGUCUAUAGAUAGUAGAAGUAUGACACUCAGCAUGCAGGGAUUUUACCCUAGCUAAUUCGAAAGCAACUAAGUAUGGGGUAACCGCGAUCUUUCUGCGGCCCAAAGGUCUCUUAUCGAACCUUGCAGCCCCUAUGACCGUCUGGCACAUCUUCCCGUCGAAGAGAACAGUAUAUAGUUACUGCACACAUAAAGAGUGAAUUCAUAUACUAUCGUUCAGUUUGUCCC